AUGAAAUAAAAGAUUACAUCAUCGCUGAUAGUAUUCUUAAUAUGUCUUUUGACAGUGAAUAGCAAGUCAACUGGAUGCUGUAAUUUAUCAUCUUAUACUUGUAGUUUCAAAAGUGGAGCAAUUAUAAUUAUUUCCAACAAAAGGAGAAAAAUUGUAAAUUAAUCUUCGUGAUAAUAUUUUUGAGGGUGAAGAUCUCACUUAUGAAUUAUAAGACACAUAUUUUAAGAUUGUUAAUCCAGUAGCAAAUACUGGAGGUAUUUCAAGUCAUAUAUCAUGUAUAUUCACAUUUAAUUGAUUUAGCUGCUUCAAAUAUUAGGGCAGCAAAACCAUAUCACACAAAGAAAAUGUAAUCAUGGUUAAAUUCAUUUGUAUUCCUAGAUUAAAGUGCAACAGAAGUGUCUAUAUAUUUUUCUGAAGGGUAAUUAUAUAUAUAUAGAUGUUAGAACUGCUUUAGAUAAAAUUCCAACUCCAGAUUUCAAUACUAAAGUUAAGAUUGCAACUGUGACUAAUAAUCUAUAGUGUUAUGAUGUAGAAUAUAUUGACAAUGAUAAAUUUAUAGUAGAUUGUUAAAAAGAAGUGACUGAAAAAUAAAUCACAAAAUAAAUUGAUGUAUUCUAUAUUUAUUCAAAAUAAACAAAAAAAAUAACUUCGUUUGAUGAUGAAGCAUCUGUCAAAAUAUAUAAUUAAAGACGUAUAGGAUUGUAUUAUUCAACAAGUGCAUUAGGAAAAGAAACUACUUAUAUUGUUAGAGUUACACCAACCUAUUCAAUGAAUCCUACAGAUUAAUUAUCUGGAAAUUCAAUUGUGUAAGUUUAUGCAUUAAGUGAAAAUUAUUAACCUAUGCCAAGAAAUUAUAUUUUAGAUAAUGUUACAAUGGCAUUGUUGUUAGGAAAAGUUGAAAUUGAACUUUCUAUAGUUGAUUUUGAAAUCUCUUAUAAUGGAUUUAUAUUUUUAUUGGAUGCUUAAUAUGGUCUUUUUGUUGUUAGAUUCUAGCCAACUGGAUAAUGGGAAUUAUUUGCUUCAGUUGAUUUUUAAUAAGGAAGAUUAUAUUCAUUUGAUAUUGAUUAUGAACAUAAAAAGGAUGGUUCUGAACUUGGAGUGAUUGCUAUUCUUGGAUACAAUUUUUUUGCUAUUUUAGAUGCAGAAAAAUCUUAUGUUCAUAAUCUUCCAUUUUUUUAAUUUGAAUAUCCAGCCACUAUUAAAAUAUCAUAGGAUAAUAUUAUUAUUAGAAAUGAUAAAUAAACUUAUUUUUAUAAAAUUGAUGUGGAUACUGAUAAAAUCUAUUUAAAUUAUAAAUAAGAAAUACCUAUUAGUGAUGUCUUAUUGAUUAAUCCAUAAGAACCAGAUUUAAUCCAAAUUAGCACCAAAAAUUCUUAUAGACAUACAAUUUCUAAUGGAUAUUUGUAUUAUUCUGGAAGUGAUAAAGUAUAGUAGAAGAAAGUUGUGGUUAUCAAAGCCAAAACUUCAAGUAAAGAAGAAUGCACUGUUUAUCUUUCAUAUUAAAUUAUUGAAGAUAAUGAGAAUUGGAUUUAUCAAUUAUUUGAUCAACCUAUGCCUUUUCCUAAUAUAAUUGCAGAAGGUUAAUCUCAAUCUAUAUUGAAAAAAUUAGCAUCAGGUCCAAAUCUCUAAUAUAGAUUACUUAAAUCAACUUAAUUUGAAGACACAGAUAUUACAACUACCAUUAGAUCAAGAGUAGAAUUAAGUUUAAAUAAUGAAUAACCUAAAAAUGUUAUUUAUGCAGAAAUAAUAUCAACUGAAGAUGAUACUAUAUUCUAUUAAGUUUUGUAAACUUAAAAUAUGAAGAUAUAAAUAUUGAAUUGUGUUCAUAAUUCAGUUUAUGUUGAUGCUACAUUUUGUGAUAUUUAUAUAGAUGAUUUAGGUAUUACAACUAAAGUAAAUAAAUAAAACUUUUCAAUAUGGGCCAAAUAUAAUGUAAUAUAUUUCAUGUACAUUGAUACAUAAUAUAAUGUUGUAAUUAGAUCAAUACAUGAUGGUGUAAUAACUCCAGUUAAAACAAUAUAAUUAGAUCCUACAGUAACUGCUAAUAAGAUUUUAAAUAUUUUGAAUUGUGGAGAUUAUCUUUUAAUUCAUAUAUCUAAUAAUGAUAUCCUUACAUUUUUAAUAUAUAGACCUGAACUUUUUGUACUCACUACUUUAAAUAAAAAUUCAUUCUCAUUAUAUGGUUACAAUGAAGAUUGGGAACCAAAAGCACUCUUUACAAAUAAAAAAUUACAUCCAAAUAUUCUUUUUAUUUAACACAAAAAUCAUAUUUUAAUAUUAGAUACUGAUUUUGGUUUAUUCUCAUUUAUUAAAACUAUAUAAAUUACUCCAAAUUUAGAUUAUUCAAUUGCUAUAGGAAAAGAAACAUUCUUUGUUGUUCAAGGCAAAUCAUCUAAUGAUGUCAAAGAUGCUUAAAUCUAUGAAUACAAUUUUGCAGAUAUAAAUCAUGUCUAUUUAUUGAAGAAAUUAUACUUAUAUUGGUAUGAUAUAUCCACUCCUUUAAAUGUUGAUUAUAGUGAAGAUACUGGUCAUUUGUUUGUUAGAGGUGUUUGUCUAUACUGUAGUAAAUCCUUUGUUUUAGUAUUUUAACCUAAUACUCCUCAACAUGAGGCCUUAGUCUAAGCUUGGGAUAUUGCUGAUACUCUUAUUCCUGAUUCAAAAUCAAUAUUAAUUGCUGCAAAUGGAUUUCAUUAAACUUAUUUAUAUUUAAAUGUUGAAGGAGAACAAUCUCUUUUUGCUGUUUAUGAUUAAACAACAAUGAUUGUAUAUUCCAAAAUCUAAUAAGAUGUUUAUUCAAAUAAAUAUCCAUUAAAUUUUUAGAUUAGAAAUUAUAAUUUCUAAGGCAAACCAGAAAAAUUUAAUACAAUCGAUAUCAAUUAAUAAAUUACUACCAUUUCUUCUUUAACUUAAAUUAAAUUAAAUCAAAAUGAUUUCCCUUUUUCUAAAGUAGCUGUAGAGAUCUAUUCAACUGAUGAAACUAAAACCUUUGAUUUAGGUCAAAAUUGGUAUUCUGGUUAAAUUGGAAAUUUUGAAAUUGAUUGUGACUAAUGUGAAACAAAUAUUGAAUUAUAAAGUACUUUUGAUCUAAUCAAUCCAAAAAUAUUUAAUGGUUAUGAAAUUAGAGAUCAUAUCAAAUAUAAUACUGAUUUCAAUAUUAUGUAAGCUACAACAGGUUUAAUAUUUGUAAAUCUUGAUAACACUUUAGCUUCUGUCUAUGAUUUUGAUUUGCCUAAUAUUAAUUAUCAAUGUUAUUAAGCUACUGUUUCUGAAGAUAAAAUGAUUAUUUAUUCAUUAUGUAAUGAUGGAACAGAAUUCACAGUUUAUGCUACUGGUUGUUUUUCUAUUACAGGAUGUUCUCCAUUAGGUGAAAAAUUCAAACUUGGUAUGGCAUCAAAAAUUCAAAUUAUUUCAAAUGAACUUUUAGUUGUUUUGCAUACAGAUAUAAAUAAUCCAGAACUUGUUUAAGAAGGAAAAAUUGUACUUUAUAAAAUUGUUAUGGGAUUAUAAGCAUGGAAACUUGAAGUCAUUGAAAUAAUUGAUUUAAAUUAUCUUAAUUCUAAAUUAACAACUCCUUUAAAUGAUUUCAGACCUGCUGAUUUUUCAAUCGUAAAAUAAAAAUACUAUCAACAAAAUAAAUAUUCUUAUAAAUUGUUUAUAAGUGAUUCAAAUAUUGGUUUCAUUUUUAUAGAUUUCUCAUUUUCAAAUCUACCUGAAUAUGUAUUUUUAUCUAUUGAAACACUUAAUCUUCAUAAUUAUUUAAAUAAGUAAGUUAGCUAAUACACACUUCCAACAACUAAAUUCUUAUCAUUCUAAUUUAUUUGGGAACCAAUUUUUGAUUGGAGUUCUAAUUAAUUGAGAACCUAUCUAAUAAUUUUGACUACUGAUGCUUCUUAAUAUGGAUUCAAAUUCGAUUUUGCUGGUUAGCCUGCAUAUAAUACACUUCUUACUGCUAAAGCAUUAUCUGCUGUUAUUGUAAGAUAUGGAGAUUGGGUUCCAUUGAAUAAAUUAGCCAUCCAUAACAAAUAUUUAUAAUUAGCUAUUCCAUAUAGAAAUGAAAAUUAAAUUAUUGUUGCUGUCUAUGAUAUUGAUAUUGUAACAACUAAUGAUUUUUCAGCUAUUGUUCCUACCAUUAGUGUUGGCACCUAUACUAUAUUUUAUGAAUAAGCUUAAUGGAUUAGUCCUUUAAAUUUAGCCAUGUUUUUUGCUAAAUAGGAUAAAAUCCUUUUUGUAUCCUAAUUAUAAGGACCACUUUAAAGUUAUGGAAUCUAUAGAUCUCCAAUUUUAAUAUUGAAAAAUCAAGAUAAAACACUAAAAAGCUAAGAAAUUACACUCAUAGCUAAAAAUAACUUUUCUGAAGAAAAAUUAAAAUUGAAAUUAAUCGUUCAAGAAGUCGAUACUAAUGAAUGUAUUGCCAAGAUAACUAAUCUCAUGAUUUACCCAUCAACUAAUGAAGUUAUGUAAUGGAAUUUAUCAUAAAAUUUAUUUGAUGGUGUUUCUUUAAAAUAUAAUAUAGAUUAAAUAGAUUUUGAAAUAAUUUAAAAUAGUUAAUAAAUAGGAUAAUAUAUAAAUCAUAUAUAAAGUAAUAAUAUAUAAUAUAUAAUUAAUUAGUUGCAACAUAAAUUAUAUAAGCAAAAGCAUUAAUUACAUAAAAUAGAGCAUGGUCUAAUUAAUUUGGAUUUUUAAAUAAAGAUAAUUCAAAAUAUUCUAUAUUUUAUACAAAUAUGUAAUUUAUUAUUUAUAUUUAUAAUUAGACCUACAUUUAAUAAUGCACCAUCAUUUAAUUAAAUAAUUAAUAUUAAAAAAACAGAUAUUAAUCUUAAUUGUAUAGAUUUUCUAUUAUUAUCAUCUAAUUCAUUUAUUAUUGAUUGUUAAAUCUAAAAUAAUAAAUUCUUAUUAUUAAUUUAAUCAAAUUAAGAAACUUAAUAUUUUAAAGUUGAAAGUCUCUUUUUAAAUAGAGUUAUGGAUACAUAUAAGAUUAAGGAUGAUUAAUAUGUUGUAAGAGUUACUUUAUCUAUUAAUAAUGAAGGGCAAUUAGCCAAUAAUUCCUUUGUUGAAUUGUUCUAAGUUACAAACGAAGGUUUAAUCAGUAAAACAACACUAGAUAAAACUAAAUUAAUUAAUAUUUCUGGAAAAUAGAUAAAUUAAUUGAAUAUAGUUGAUUUUAAAAUUGGAUUGAAUGGAUAAAUCUAUUUACUAGAUGCUAAAAUAGGAAUCUUUGUUGUAUUUUUUGAUACAGAUUGGAAAUUUUCUAAAUUUAUUGGAUAUAAUUUUGGAUAAAGUUUUGCAUUUGAUAGAACAGUGUUUAGUAAUAAUGAAGAAAUGUUUGUAAUAAAGGGUUAUAAUUAUUAUGGAGUAAUAAAUUAAGAAGGAAAAAUUAAAAAAGUAUAAGAUUUGCCAUUUGCAAGUGUAACAUAUCCUUAAUAAAUUAUGUUAAGUCAUAAAUAUGUGUUCUUGCAUAAUCAAGGAAAUCUUUAUAUAUAUCAUACUGAUGAGGAUAAUAGUAGUUUGAUAGAUAUUAUGAAUGUGUCAAAUGGAGCUGGAAUAGUAAAUCCAAAUAGUUAAGAUAUUGUUAUACUAUCCCUCACAUCUUCUUCAGCAUGGACCUUUAGUUUAGGAUAAUUAAAAUUUAAUGGAAACGCAUAAGCAAGUACAAAUUUCAAAACUUUGACAAUUUCAGCCAAAUCUUAACACAAUUAAGUCUGUUAUUCAAGAAUAUUCUAUUAAGUAUUGGCUAGCAAUAGUGAGACAAUCUUUAAAAAGGUUGAUACUGAAACUCCAUUUCCGAAAGUAUUGGAUGAGAAUGAUGAACAAGUAAAAUUAGGAAGUUUGGUUUCAGGUCCUAAUUUAAUUUAUGAGAUUAUUCAACCUAAAUCACCAUUAACUUUGCAUUCUAAUAAUUUUAUGAACUUAUUUGCAGAACCAGAUUUAGAUGUCUUUGCUUAGAUUGCACAUUAGAGAACAAUAAAAGUGAAUAAUUGGCCUAAAAAAUCAUUAUAUUAGACAUCUCUAAUUGGCAAUAAUUAAGAAACUCUAUUCUAAGUAUUUUAAUAAGAAGAUAAGAAAGUUAUUAUUUAAACCUGUGAGUUGACUGAUCAUGUAAGAUAUGAAUGUAAAGAUUUUGGAAAUGUGUAAGUUAAGGAAUAAUUAUCAGAUUAGCUUUUUAGUAUAUGGUAGGAUAGUGAAAAUAUAGUUCAUUUCAUAAUAUUAGAGACACCAUUUAUUAUUAAAUUCUUCAAAAUAAAAAAUAGUCAAACUGUUUAAUAUGGAUUUAUUAAAUUAAAUGAAAAUGAAGAGAAAGAUGAAUUAAAAGUAUUAGCAUUUUAAAAUUAAGGAGACUUUAUAUUUUUAAUUUAAGAAAAUGGUGAAUUGUCAUCAUAUUCUACUGAGAAGUUUACAUUAAUUAAUAAAGUUACUGGAGUAAAUUUAAUUGGAUUCUAAGGUGACUGGAAACCAAUUAAGUUAUAUGGUAAUAGAAUUUUAAGACAAAAUGUUAUAUUUGUUCAAAAUGAGAAUAAUGUUGCAAUUAUCAAUUACAGUAAUCAAGAAUUCAUUUAUGGAUAGUAGAUAAACUAUACUAAGGGCAAUUAAAUAUACAUAACUUAAUCAGUAAAUUCAUUCUUUUUUGUAAAUAACAAAGAAUUGAGUGAAUACAAUUAUGAAAUAGUUAACAAUGUUUUCAAGUAAAAGACUGUUGAAUUAUUUGGAUAUUAAAUAACUAAUCCUUUAGGUGUCUCAUCACACUUAUAAACAGGUAUUCUAAUAAUUAGAACAACAAAAAAUGAUAAUGUAUAUUUGAACAUUUUCAAACCAGAUUAAUUAUAACAUGAUACAUUUUAUUUGGCUGUUAAAAUUAAUGCUAAAGUUGAUGAUAUAUUUGCAGUAUCUGCAUGUGGAUCAGAUCCAAUAGGAUCAGCUUAUAUAAUUACACUAGUAAGUAGCGAAGUAGUUUAGUAAUUAGAUUUUAUUGUACUUGAUCCAUAAUUGAUUAUUAUUCCUAAUAAAUAAAAACAAAAAUAUCUUACUGAUUAUGAAAUUACUAUUAAUGUUAAGAAUGCUGAUUCCUAAAAUAAUAAUUUACUUCCAUUCACAUAAAAAGUUAAAGUCAUCAAUACUUUUACUAAUUUAAUUGUUGAUGAUACAAAUUAGAUUUAAUAAAUAGAUAUUGAACCAAAAUAAAAUUCAACAUCUAUUAAGUUAAAAAAUGGAUGGAUAAAUGGAUAAUAAGCUUAUUGUACAUUAAAAUAAGAAAAAGCUAACGAUAUAGUUUUAUAAUCAUAUCUAUAAGAAACUAAAAAAGAAGCACUUACAAAUCACUAAAUCAAAGAUGUUUCAACAUUCUAAAAGAAUGUAAUUCUUUAAGCUAAAAACACAGUCCUAUUAAUGAAAGAUAAUAAAUUAGAAGAAAGCAAACCAAUUCUUGAUAUUUUAGGCUAAGAAUACGAUUGUUUCAGAAUAACAUCUUAUGAAAAAUCUAUAUAUUCACUUUGUAAUAAUGGUGUAGAAGAUUAAAUAUAAGUAGCUAGUUGUAAUGAUAAAUAAGAAUGUAAAAGAGAAAAUGCUUAUAUUUCAUCACCAUUUGCAACUUAAAUAGUUACUUUAGCUUAAGAUGUUGUUGUUAUAUUACAUACAGAUUCAUUAAAUCCUGAAAAUUAUGAUGGAUAUAUUACAAUUCAUAAAUUAAUUUCAAUUGAUGCAAUAUGGUCAUAAACUCUAUUAUUUACUAUUGAUUAUCAAUUCAUAUAAUCUAAAUUAGGAGCAUAAACACCUAAAUCAUUUAGACCAUCUUCAUUUCUUCAUUCAUUGACUCAUUCUGAUGAUAAUUUAUUUGCAUUUUAAUUCAUAAUAUCUGAUAGUGUAAAUGGAUUAUUAUUUAUUGAUUUAACUAUUUCAAAGACUACAUUUGAUAUCAAAUUUUUAUUUAUGGAGUAUUAGUUACUUAAUAAAUGGUUGAAUGAUAAUAAACAAUAUGCUAAUGAUUAUACUCAUUAUUAUUCUAAUAAGAUUAUAGAAGAAUCAAUCAAGGAUAAAACCAAAACUAUCACAAUAGUAGUUGUUACUGAUAAUUCUUCAUCUUAUAUUUUUGCUCUUACAUUUGCCAUUUCUGAUAAUCAUUCAAAUAAGUUGACAGAUACUAAAGUUAUAGCAGCUCUGAAUAGAUACGGAUCAUGGAAAGCAUUAAACACUGUGGCUGCUAAUAAAUAAUCAGUUGUUUUGGCAUUUGUGCAUAAUUCUAAAGUUGUAGUUGGUGUUUAUCACAUUUCAGAUAAUGCUGUUUAAGCAAUUAAAGGUUCCUUUUCAUUUACUAUUGCUGGAACAUCAAAAUUGGAACCAAUUGAUUUCCCACUUUAUUUACAAGUAAUUUUUUAUCAUUAUACUUUAGGAUUCAACUUUGAUAUCAAGUAAAGCCAGUAAGGGAUUAAAUCAAUAUGAGAUCAGAUAGGAUAUAAGUUUGAACUUUGGAGAAAGUGCCAAACUUGAAAACCAAACUUUAACAAUAACCUUUUUUAAUGAUUACAGAACUGUCUCUAAAUAAAUUAAAUUAAAUAUCAAACCAGACGCUGGAGGUGAUGAUGACGGAGGUUCAAGUUCUAAAGCUUGGUGGAUCACACUCAUUGUAGCUGGAUCUAUACUUAUACUAGGUUUGAUAGGAUUUUUAUUCUACAAAAAGAGAAAUUAUCAAGAUGAAGAUUAAGAUGAUCAAGAAUCUGGUUUAAUGCAUGUAAAUUGA